GACUGUUGGGGGAAAUCCGUUGAUAGGAAGAGUCAAUGGGAGGAUUGGUAUUUUAUUGAGAUUUUCCUUGGUUGCUUGGCAGCUUUUCAACCCUUGAUCUUCUUGUUCAACGAUCAAUGGUGCCUACACCGAUGCCCGGACAGGCAGAAUGACGUAUUUGAUAUGUCUGAAUUCCCAGCUUUGGGUAGUACCAAUACGACGUCCAAUAGUGCGUCAGCGAGUGGUCUGGGAUCAAGCUAUGCAAACACCGCUCAAACAGGAACCAAUUCCGUGUCGAAUGACAACCGAUCUAUGAAUCAACAGCAAUCGCAGGAGUUUACAAUUGACGAUUUUCCGGCUUUGCCUGGAGCAACAAGCAACACAACCCGUGGCGUCGUUGGUUCACAGUCAACGGUGUCGCAACACCAUCUCAACCACCAACAACAAAACAAUGUUGACGGUCUAACAAACGGGAGCAACAUGUCGACGGAAAUUUCAUCUUCAGGAGUUCAGGAUGGACGAAUUAAUGUCGGCGGACUAAGACCACCGACACAACCACCAGUGAAUUCUGUGUCCGAACAGGACAAAAAGAACUACUCCACAAAAGCCGGAGGUAGCGUACAAAUCUUUCCUCUUUCAUCGUCUUCGAUGACGCCGUAUUCAUUAACUGGCCCUCUCACUCCAUCAACGCCAUACUCUACGUCUUUGACGGGCACACCCUAUCCGUCUUCGUCAGGCAUACCGAGUUUGCAAUCAUCUGGGGGAGGCUGGUCGUCGUUAAAUCCUUCAUCACCUUCUGGUGGAAAUUCAGCCGAUCGAUUUGGGUUACUCGGGUUAUUAAAAGUAAUACGGAUGACGGAUCCUGAUCUGAGUAUGUUAGCAUUGGGGAACGAUCUUACAACGUUGGGGCUAAACUUGAAUUCACCCGACGCGCUUUACGCAACAUUUACCUCACCAUGGGCAGAAAACAAUCAAGCAGCCGGACUAAUUGAACCCGAGUAUCACCUACCGUCCUGUUACAACGUGCAACAGCCACCACCUGCGCAAUCCAAGAUAGGUACAUUUUCUGACGAGACGCUAUUCUAUAUUUUCUAUAGCAUGCCGCGAGACAUACUACAGGAGGCUGCCGCUCAGGAAUUAUAUAAUCGCAAUUGGCGAUAUCAUAAAGAACUUCGAGUCUGGUUGACAAAGGAACAAGGCACAGAACCAUUUACGAAGACGCAGACCUUCGAACGUGGAAGUUACAUAUUUUUUGAUCCAUCAACUUGGGAAAAAGUUAAAAAAGAAAUCUAUCUAGUGUACGAAUUAUUAGAGGAACGACCAACUACAAUUCUAAAUAGUAUGGGAGGCUCUUCCUCAUCCACGAAUCUUGGAUCGUUAGCACCUUCUGGCUUACAACAACAGGCAGUAGCGCAGCAAAACCUCGCUGCAGCAAAUUCGAUCAACAUGGCAAGUCUUAUGAGCCUAGGGAAUAUACCUUCUGCAGGCGUGAGCGGAUUAAAUGCUGGAACUUUGGCUGGUUUAAGCGCAAAUCCUGCACAACUACAACAACUAAAUCAUCAAUAUCCGACGACACCUGGUAGCGCAGGUCCCCAUCAUCAAUUAGGAGGCCCUGUGUCAGGUUUCACACAAGGUGGUCACUAUCCAUUACACAGGGUUGAUUAG